GCAUUGGUGAGAAGUAUAUAAUCACCACCACUAUAGCUGCCCAAUGUCCAUUUCUGCUUUGAGAACUUCCCCGAAAGCCUGUUUCUAAUUUUAUGGAAACCCUUUGAAAUUUGGCACAGUUUACAAAAGUAUGUAGGGAAAAAAAAGUCUGCCAGAGGUUUGGGCUCUAACUGUGAAAACAGACACUGCUUUUUCCAACUCCUCUCCUAGAUCCGCUGACCAACUCUCAGAAAAAACUUUGUGUUCUUUAGGAAGACUGCAGAAAAAUGAAGACCCGGCUAAAAGUACUAUUUGGCGUGGUUGUAUGUGUUUUACUUUCCUUAUUACUCAUGUGUAUUGUACUGCUUCCAUCCAAAGUUGUCACCACAGCUGAUGGUCCUAGAGCUCUUACACUGGAUGAUUACUUGAAUGGAAAUUUUCAGUAUAAAACAUAUUUUCCGUACUGGGUGUCAGAUAGUGAAUAUCUUCACCAGAAUCCAGAAGAUGAUAUUAUUCUUUUCAACGUUGACAUGAACUACGUAACUACCAUUAUGACCAACAGCACAAUGAAACAAGUUAAUGCUUCAAAUUAUGUGAUAUCAUCAGACAAAUACUUCAUAGCUUUGGAGAGCAACUAUUCAAAGCUGUGGAGAUAUUCUUAUACUGCAUCAUACCACAUUUAUGAUCUUAUAUAUGGUGGUUUUGUAACAGAAAAUCAGCUUCCACAUAAAAUUCAGUAUAUAUCCUGGUCACCCGUUGGACAUAAAUUGGCAUAUGUUUACCAAAAUAAUAUCUAUUUGAAACAAAGUCCAAGAGAGGCACCAAUUCAGCUAACUAGUGAUGGAAAAGAAAAUGAAAUAUUUAAUGGGAUACCUGAUUGGGUCUAUGAAGAGGAAAUGCUAGCGACAAAAUAUGCAUUGUGGUGGUCUCCAAGUGGAAAAUACUUAGCAUAUGUACAGUUUAAUGAUUCUGACAUACCAGUAAUUGAAUAUUCAUAUUUUGGUGAGGAACAGUACCCAAGAAAAAUAAUUAUCCCAUAUCCCAAGGCUGGUGCUAAAAAUCCUACUGUUAAAGUGUUUAUUGUAGACACUAUUAACAUUGAAGCAUUUGGUCCUAAAGAGGUUCCAGUUCCUGCAGUGAUCGCAUCAAGUGAUCAUUAUUUUACUUGGCUUACUUGGGUAACAGAUAAUCGAGUUGGUGUGCAGUGGCUAAAGAGAAUCCAGAAUUUUUCAGUCUUAGCUAUUUGUGACUUCAAAGAAAAUUCAAAUACUUGGGUCUGUCCAGAGAAUCAACAGCACAUAGAGGAGAGUCAAACAGGAUGGGCAGGCGGAUUCUUUGUUUCUGCACCAUAUUUUACCUCAGACAGCAGAUCAUACUACAAAAUUUUUAGUGACAAAAAUGGUUAUAAGCACAUACAUUACAUCAAUGGUUCUGUGGAGAAUGCAAUCCAAAUUACAAGUGGAGAAUGGGAGGCAAUUUAUAUUUUUAGAGUAACAAAUGAUGCAAUUUUCUACUCAAGCAAUGAAUUUGAAGGCUAUCCAGGAAGAAGAAAUAUUUACAAAAUUAGUAUUGGGAGUAAGCCUAUCAGAAAACUAUGCAUUACUUGCAAUUUACGGAAAGAGAGAUGCCAGUAUUAUACAGCGAGGUUCAGUGAGCGCUCUAAGUAUUAUGCCUUGAUCUGUUAUGGUCCUGGGAUUCCUAUUUCUACUCUUUUUGAGAAUGAGAGUGAUAGAGAGCUCAGAAUAUUAGAAGACAAUCAGGAAUUGCAGUCUGCUUUGCAAGAGAUCAUACUGCCAAAAGAAGAAAUUAAUAAACUUGAAGUGGAUGGUAUAACUUUGUGGUACAAAAUGCUUAUACCUCCACAAUUUGAUAGAUCCAAGAAGUACCCACUGCUUAUUCAAGUGUAUGGAGGACCAUGCAGUCAGAAUGUAAAGCACACAUUUAGCAUUAGCUGGAUAACCUAUCUUGCAAGCAAAGAGGGAAUUGUUGUUGCUUUAGUAGAUGGCAGAGGAACAGCUUAUCAAGGUGACAAGAUUUUGCAUGCAGUUUAUCGAAGACUAGGAGUCUAUGAAGUUGAGGACCAAAUCUCAGCAGUGAAGAAAUUCAUAGAAAUGGGUUUUAUUGAUGAGAAACGAAUAGCAAUAUGGGGCUGGUCCUAUGGUGGAUAUGUAACUUCUCUGGCACUUGGAUCUGGCAGUGGAGUAUUUAAAUGUGGAAUAGCUGUGGCUCCUGUUUCCAGCUGGGAAUAUUAUGCAUCUAUCUACACAGAACGAUUUAUGGGUCUUCCUAUAGAGUCCGAUAAUCUUGAGCACUAUAAGAACUCAACUGUAAUGGCAAGAGCAAAGAAUUUCCAAAACGUUGAGUAUCUUCUCAUUCAUGGAACAGCAGAUGAUAACGUACAUUUUCAGAACUCAGCACAAAUUGCAAAAGCUCUGGUUAAUGCACAGGUGGAUUUUCAGGCAAUGUGGUACACUGACCAGAAUCAUGGAAUUCCUGGACUUUCCAGCAAACAUCUCUACACACAUAUGACCCACUUCCUCAAACAAUGUUUUUCUUUGUCAGAAUAGGUAGACUACUCAGAGAAUGCUAAGCCAUCUGGUAUAUCUCUGAGAGAAUCCCACGAUAGCAGUGCCCAGGUUGUAUCAUGUUCAGGUAAAUUAAUAUCAGGAUCUUUGAAGUUUAUAAUUUGAUAUUUGCAUCCAUUUUUGAGAUUGUAUAUUAGCAGGUGUUAUGUUAAUACAUGUUUUGGCACAUUUAACACCUGUUUGAUAGCAAAAAAUAAAAUCGGAAUAUAA